GAAAAAACAAAGAAAAAAAAAGAUGAAACAAAGAAACAAAAGAGAAAAAAGAAUAUUAAAAUGAUGAAAAACAAGUGGAAACAAAGAAAAAGAAAGAAAAAAGAAGAAACUAAAAAGAGAA